AUGCCCGAGUGUCAGAUCAAUCUGCUCCAGUACCUGCGCUCAAAGACCCAGGUCGAUGUCGAUAGCUUUGAUGUUGAUGUGUCGACAGAAGUUCCAGGAUGUGUUGAUGCAACAUCCAAUCAAGCAGAGAUCUACUGUGAGAUGAUCAAGCCGCGCCACGAGAGUCUGGUAAAAGAAGUCCUUGCUUUCAGUGCCAAAGUGAAGUCUGGAUUCCCAACUCUGAGACUGGAGGAGCUGGCAUUUGAAGUCAUGGCAAUUCGGCUAGCUUUCUUUAUUAUUCCCAAUAUCACUGGUGCUGUGCAUGUGAUGGCAAAUCCGUGCUACUCAUACCACAAGGAGAGGAUUGUUGAGACUGGAAAACGGUUACAUAAAAUCUGUAAUCUCCUAGAUCCGACUUUCGACACCAAUCGGUUGGUUAUGAAGGUGGUCGCCACAUGGGAAGGUCUCCAGGCAUGUCGAGAAUUGAAACUUUGUGGGAUAAAGACUCUAGCAACUGCGGUGUUUACAAUGGAACAAGCAGUCUUGGCCGGUGAGGCCGGUUGUGUUUCCAUCUCACCUUUUGUUCACGAGCUUAAAGUGUUUUUCGAUGAGAAAUACUCGGACGAAAUUCCUCUGCUUAGUCUGUGCGUCCAGGCACAGCAGUUCUACAAGAAGCAGUCCAUGAGCACAACAGUCAAAGCAUGCGCCACAAUCUCGCUUGACGAGCUUCUACAGUUGGCUGGUGUGGACGCAUUGACUAUCAUGACUGACGACCUACAUAACCUCCAAAAGGGCACUGGUUGCAAACGUUUGACUGAGAGUCAAUCUCUGUUUGAUGAUAAUUCUGUCACUGACAGUAGCAACUAUCCUUCAUAUCUGGAUGACGAAAGCACCUAUCGUCUUGGAUAUUCUCGAAGUGGCCAAGGUGCGGGCCAGUACAAAUUGAUGCAGGUUCUAGCAAUCUUUUCAGACUUCCAAUUGAAGGGAGAGGAAUUUAUGAAAGCCCACUAG